AUGUAAAUUUUUUAACCAAAAGUAAUAGAAAAUGAAAAAGAUUUGAUAUGCAAAUAACAUCAACAACAAAUCGAAUUUGUUAUUCUUGAUGCUUAAUUAUCAAGUAAUGAAAGGCUCUUAUGCAAGUAAUGUAAACACUAAAAGCCAACUAAUUCUUAGAUUGGGAAUUUUUAAUAACUUAAAUAAAGCUUUGAUAGAAUACAAAGAGAAAAGAUUUCAUAAUACGAGCUAAUAAUCAAGCCUCAUCUUUAAUAAGUUGAAGAAUUUAAAAAAACUAUUGAAGCUCUGAAAACACGUUUGAUUCAAUAACUUGACUAUUUACUUUGCCUUUCUCAGGAUUGGAUUACUCAGUUAAUUGAUAUUGCAACUUAAUAUAGCUUUUUUGGAGAAUUAGAUUUAUUAAUCUAAGGCUUAAAGUCAAAAAUUAAUCCAACACCAAUAAUUGAAACAAUUAAAAAAACUCUCAAGCACAACAAGUUCAAAGCUACUCAAAAAUUGAAUUAAUUUAAACUCCAACCUGAGUUUAAUAGAUGUUAGGAAUUAUUUGAAAAUCUAAAUCACUUAUUAUAGAAUUAAGAGGCAGAAAUCAAGAUCAAUAAUCCUUAUUUUAAGGAUAAUAAUAUGUAAUUAGAAAAAAAUUCUUAAAUUCUAGACAAAUAUAUAAGCUUCAAUAUCAAAUAAGAAAUAUAACCACAAUAUCCUUACAGUAGUGGUGAUGUUCCAAGAAAAGAUAUUAAUUAUCCAGGUAUAUAGAAUGAAGGACAGCAUUGCUACAUGAAUGCUGUGAUGCAAUGUUUAGCAGAAACUCCAUUUUUGAGUAAUUUUCUUUAUAAUUAAAGCUUUAAAAAUUUUAUUACUUCUUCAAAUUCAGGUGAGAAGUGGAACAAUUCUUAACCGAUAUAAAUUAUUUUAACUGAGUAAUUGUCACUAUUAAUUAAAAAAUUAAAAGAUACAAAUGAAUAAAGUGUUUCAAUAGAAUAAUUUAGAGAAGCUGUAUGUUAAAAAAUUUUAGAUUCUUAGAAGAGACCUAUAUACAAAAUAUGCGAACCUGCAGAUUCGAAUGAAUUUUUAAAAGAUUUAUUAGAACAUAUUUCAGAUGAAUUAAAAGGAUCAAACAAAUAGAAAAACACUAUUAUUGAUACACUUUUUCAAGGAACAAAAAAAACAAAAACAUUCUGUAAAUAAUGUGCAUAGGAAGUAGAGUUUGAUGAAAAAAUAAAUAUUUUUGAUUUGAAUGUUUUAAAAAUGAAAGAUGAUGAAUGCAGAUUAUAACUUAUGUUUUUUAGUAAAUAUAAACUUAUUGAAACAUAAACUAAAGAAAUAGUUUUAAAGAAAUAAAGAGUUGUUCUCCAAAAUAAUCAAAAAAUUAAAGAAUUGUAUUAAUAAAUUACAAAAAUCACAAAUCUCAAUAAAGAUUAAUACACAAUUGCAUAUAAAAAUAAAGGUUCCUUUUGUAGAAUUCCUGAUAAUUACGAUUAAUAUGAACUAUUUAAAUUAGGUAUUAGCAGUAAGAAAACAAUAUAUGUUUAUGAAUUAGGAAAUUAGGAUGAAGCUGAAAAAGAAUUUAUUGAAAUUUCCUAAAUCUUUAAUUAUCCAUCUUCAGAUUUUAAAUUGUAUGAUAUAGUAAAUUUUAAACCAAAGGAUAAUAUUUGGAGAGAAGGGUAAAUAGUAGAUAUUUAAGAAAAUUAGUAUGAAAUUAAAGAUUGCUCUUCAGAUUAAAAAUAUCGAAUUAAUAAUCUAGAUAUCUCUUAAUUUAGAAAAAAGGUUUAAAAUUAGAGGAAUAUGGUGAAGAUUGAAGUUUAUAAUUACUUAAAUUAAUCAAAAAAUAAUAAAUAUAAAUAGAUAUUAUAUCCAAUGAUUAUUUUAAUUCCAAUCAAAUCAAUUACAUUUUAGGAAUUAAAGGUCUAUAUCUACAAAUAAAUAUAAAGAUUCAUCAAUAUAGUAAAAAUUUAUUAAUUUUAGAAUGAAUUCUAAGUUAAACCAAACCUUUAUAACACUUGGGGAUUGGAAGAAGAACUUAAAAAAUCUUUUGACUAAUCGGAAUUUCCUUAUAGAAUUCUAAUAUUAGAUGCUCACAAUAAAUGCUUAAAUUGCAAAAAGACAUCAAUUAUUGUAAAUAACAGAUAAACUAAUUGUAAAGGCUGUGAAGUUGAUCCUAUUAUUCUAAAUUUUGAUUAUUCUAUAAAGCCAAAGAUAAUUUUAGUAUGGACUUAAACUUAAAAAUAUCUAAAAUAGUUAAAAAUAGAAUCAGAUUAUGAUUUCAAAUUAGAGGAUUAUCUAAAAUAAUACAAAAGCACUUAAGAAUUAACAAAAAUUUGUUAAAAUUGCAAAAUCCCUUUGUUUGAAUAAACCUUUUUAUUUGUAGCACCAAUUAUUUUGGUUAUUCAUUUGCCAAAGCUAAUAAGAACUUAAGUUUACUUUGAGAUAUAAUCUUAAAAUAUUAGGGAUUGCUUAUAUAAGAUAAAUGAUGUUUUAUAUAAUCUUUAUGCUGUCAUUAAUUUAAAAUAAAUUAUCGCUGAUAAUUAAUAGUAUACCUAUCAACAUCAUACCGCUUAUGUAAAAAAAUAAGAUUAAUGGAUUGAAUUUAAUGAUUCCAAAAUAAAAAAGAUAGAUUUACAUAAAAUAACAUCUAAGAAUGCAUGUUUAUUAUUUUAUAUAAGAUAAGAAAUUAAGGAUGAUGUCAUAUUUUUGCUUUAAAGUUUUUUUUGA